UUGGAUAGGAUCAUUGCACAAGAAUAUGAAAUCCAAGUUAUUUCACGAGGUUCUAAAAGAUGUGCCGAUAGGAGUAGACAAGAGUGAUUGGGAAUGGUUGGUCAAGGAUCAUUUUUUAUCUGAUAUGUUUAAGGAAUCAAGUACAAGAAACACAAUCAACAGGUCUAAGUUGUGUAUGCCUCAUCGUACGGGUAGCAAGCCUAUAAGAGAGAUUAUUUACGAAUUGGGAAGCAAAGAUGGUAAUCCACCAAACAUGGCAACUAUCUUUUUUGAGACUCGUAAAAAGGGAAAUGAGCUUGUCAAACCCGAAACCAAUGAAAAAUAUGCUGAAAUUCAAGAGCUUGUACAAUCUGAACCGUCUCUUACUAAUAUUGAGGUACUGGAACGGUGCUUUGGACGUCAAUGUAAAAGUCAUGCAGUUGGAUUUGGUGGUGGGAUAACCACUAAGGAGUUGAAAGGUGGUAGUACUUCUAAGGCUGCGUUGUUGGAAGAACUGAAAACAACUUGA